GAAGCACGCGAAAGAAAAACAAACACUUUUAAUCUCGGAUCAGAGGCUGUUGUAUCCAAGCAAGAUUGAAACCUACGUUUCGAGACACUACCACGAGAAUUGAAGUUCUUCAAAAUGAAACGAAAAAAGGAUAUGUCCUUUUUCGCGGCAGACAGUAACACAGACACAGCAGGAAGUGCAGAUUGCCACAGAGAGAGAGAGAGCCUGAGGACUUCUCAGGAGAGACUGAUCUUGAAAGUGAGGGUUCAGAGCAGGGAGAGAAAGAUGAAGGGUCGCAGAGUGAGACUGAGGAAAGAUGUGCAUCCACAAGUGCUGGAACAUCAGAUAUCAGCAAAUGCAAAGAAGAGCCACCAAUGCAACCAAACUUUAAAUUGUUUCCAAGGACCUUGAUGGGCGACCGGAGAAGGAGUUUCAAGGCAGACUGGUACAAGAUUCACCCCUGGCUUGAGUACUCCAACAUGUCAGACUCUGCUCAUUGUUACGCCUGCAGACAUUUUAGCCCUCCGAAUAGCACAGACACUGAAUUUGAUUCACCUUCAGGUUUCAAAAAGGCUACAUACAAAGAGGGGGGAUUUGCAAUCCAUGCCAAAUCUGAGCGGCACACGCAAGCAAUAAUUGCAUGGAAAGACUAUCGGAGAGCUGUGACAUCUAAUGCAACAUUGGCAAAUGUACUUAACAAAGAACAUAACACACAGGUUCAAGAAAAUCGGGAAUAUAUAAAAACCAUAGCCGAAGUGCUGCUACUUACUGCGACACAAAACAUUGCUCAAAGCGGACACAAUGAGUCAGCAGGCUCAGAUAAUAAAGGGAACUUCAUGGCAAUUCUAGAGACAAUUGCUAACCAUGACAAAGCUGUUAAAAAAAAGGUUGACUUCCAUUCAUAAUGCAAAGUACACAAGCGAAAUCAUUCAGAAUGAAGUUCUGUGUUGUCUUGCAGACAUGGUUCGAUCUGAAAUAACAGAGGAAGUGAAAAACAGUGAAGUCUUUAGCAUCAUGGCAACUUAAACAAAAGAACAGAUUUCUCUUGUAGUCAGGUACUACUUCAACGGUGCUAUCCAGGAGAGUUUUCUCCAUUUUGAGUCAGCAGAGAGGCUCGAUGCAGCAGGGCUUACUGAAAAAAUAAUUCACAUAUUGGAAAGUCACGGUCUGGAAUACAAAAACAACCUUGUAGGCCAAGCAUAUGAUGGUGCUGCUGUCAUGAGUGGUCAGCACUCAGGGGUCCAGGCUAAAUAUGCUUUUUAUAUUCAUUGCAAUGCUCACUGUCUAAAUCUAGUUUUAGUAGAUACUGUCAAAGCUGUCCCAGAAGCAGAGCAGUUCUUCUCCUUACUAGAAAAGCUAUACGUCUUCACAUCUGGGUCGUAUGUCCACCCCAAAUGGCUAGAUAUUCAAAGAGAGUUGUACGAAGGUGCACCAAGAGAACUCCAGCGAUUGAGUGACACUCGAUGGGCAUGCCGAUUUAUAUCUCUUCGUAACAUUAUGGAUAGAUUACCGGCCCUCAAGCGAGUACUGCAAGACAUAGCCCAAGAACGCAAUGGUGAGAGAUCUAUUGAGGCACGUGGUCUGCUGGCACAGUUGGAUCUAGAAUUCAUUGUGCAUCUUGUAACACUCCGUAAAGUGUUUGGAGAAACACAACUUCUCUCUGAGAUGUUACAAUCUUCAUCCCUUGACCUUUCAAAAGCUGUUGACUUAGUUGGCUCUUUAGUUCAGACAUUGAAUGACUUCCGGCACGAGUCAUUUUUUGAUAACUUGUGGGAUGAAGUGUUGAACAUUUCUGAGCAAUGUGGUACUGCAAUACAGCCAGCAGCAAAACGACCAAAAACACUAAGCUCUAAACGUGUUGAAAGCUGUGUACCGACUACUGUUGGACAGAGAGAGACGGAACAAGAUAAACACGGGUUUCGUACAGCCUUUUUCUACCCUGUCAUUGAUCAGAUGCUCAGUGAGCUUAAUAGGCGGUUUUCAAAGACAAACUGUGACAUGAUGAAUAGCAUCCAAGCUCUUAACCCCAAAAGUGAUGCAUUUCUGAAGAAGACAACUCUGUUUUCAUUUGCUCAGUUGUAUGAUGCAAAUAUUGAUGACUUGGGGCAUGAACUACAUCAGUUCAGCAGACUUUUAGAUGGGAAAAUAAAGACUGGCAUGCGGAGACCUGAUAGUACAGGUGAGCUGGUUCAGUUCAUUGAGCCUUAUAAAGAAGUGUUUUUUGAGCUCUUCAGACUCUGCAAAAUAGCAGUCGCAAUCCCAUUCAGUUCUGCUUCCUGUGAGCGUAGUUUUUCUACAUUGAAGCUGGUCAAAACUUUUCUCAGAUCCACCAUAACUGAUGAGAGACUGAGCAAUCUGGGUGUGCUUAGUAUUGAGUCAAGGAGGUCAAAGGCUUUGAAUCUUGACUUAUUUGUUGAUCGGUUUGCUAAAAGUCACAAAAACCACAGGAUUUUGUUGCUGUAAUGUGACAUUUUGGGAAGGAAACUACAGCCUGGGAUGCAGACACCCUUAUACAGUAGAGAACUGUUAAUUAUAUGGUGUUAGUGCAAAAAAUGUACUAUAACUUAAGCUGAAGCUAACUAAUGUGUUUUAUUUUGUGUAAUAAAGUUGCUGAAACAAAUACUGUCAUCGGAAUGAUUCUGUUACUGAAACUAAAAACUGUAACUAUCUGAAAUAAAUACCAAUAACUGUAGUGCAUUGUUUUCUUAAUGCGCAAUUACUUCAUUUUGUCUUUUCGUUCUGCAUUUAUUGGGCCCCCUCUCAGAAAAUUAUAAGAUGACUUUUUUUAGUGUGACAGCAAAUGGUUGAAAAAAAAGAAGACGCUGACGGCCAAAAUGAUUAACUCAAGGUUUCCAAUGGGAGAUGUCACGGUGACAACUUCCAUAUCUUGCUAACAUAAACAAUGUUUUUUUUAUUCUUGUUGUAAAGAUGAAUGGUAUAAUAGACCUAUGCAAAUACUUGUGGAGACAUGAGCACAAAUCUUUUUGAUUUGCGGUCCAAGAUCUAAGAAUCAACCUGCUGCUGUUCAAUUUGUGAACCGUUUCACACUGACUAUACAUUCAUCUAAAGAGUUUAUUUUGACUGCUUCCCAAUGUUUUAAUGGACAAUUUAUCCUGUACGAGCCAAAUAAAGUCUUAUUUCUCAGUU